GGUAGGUAGGUAGGUAGGUAAGUAGGGAGGGAGGGAGAGAGAGAGAAAGAGAGAGGGAGAGGUCUGUCGCGAGCGCGUUCAGGAACGCGUGUCGUCCAAGAUGGCUACCGCCGGCAACGCGUCGGCCGGCGGCGAGUCGAACGGAGCCGGUAAUAAUAACGUGCCUCAAUGGAAAAGGGAUCUGAUACAACGACGAAGACAACAAAAUAAGAUUCUAUCGAGCAACGGAGGAGCGAGCGUUAAACUUUCAUCGACGGAGAGUCGCGACGAUAUCGCGAUAGUCUGUCGUCAGGAACAACGAGAUGCAUCAUCGACGUUCAAAACGACGACGGUAACGACAACGUGCGAGGAAGAAAAGUUCGGUGGUAGCGGUAACGAGGCUGGUACUGCUAUCGGCGCCUUUACCGAUGCUCUUGCCGGUAAUAGUGUUAGUGGUACCGGGGGCGGCAUGGGCGGCCUCCCUACUACGAUGGCUCCGCUUGUCGGCAGGGGACUCGCUAGUGGCGCCACCAUUCUCCACGGUGGUAAUAGCUGCGAAAUUGGCUCAGUGGCGCGCAACAUGCGUCUCGAGGCGGAUCUCUCACUUUGCUCCGAUUCGGAGGAUGUAAACGGCAGUGGUGCUAGUGGUGCUUCUAUCAGAUCCACAGACAUGGAACGAAAGAUGGAGCACGUUGGAGAUGAUUACGAGACCGAGGAUAAUGUCCUUGGUACGAGGAGAACGCGCGAGAUCGGCAACAACGUAUUCGAAGAACUUAGUGGUAACACGAUAAGCAACGUAAAGACCGCCGUAGGCGUCAGAACGAACGAAGCCGACGCCGAAAGCGACAGCUCCGAGGAACUACAAUACGGUCCUGGUAUCGUGAAUAAACUCAAAAGCAAAUAUCUUAAUCUCGCUCUUAGGGAAACCAACAAGAGCCGAGCGACCGUUCAACGUUUCCGACGUGCUGCCAGUUUGGAAGAUCUACUCGAUCGAGAGGACGAGCCGGCUAACGAAAAAAAUUCUAGUACCGUUUCUGGUAGGAAGUACGCUAAGAGGAACGUGGCCGGGCAAACGAGCAAAACCGGCGGCGAUAGGUAUCGAAAUGCUAAUCGUGGUAACGAAACGAUGAAGAGAGCUAGAAGCGUCGAAACUCUCAUAAGGUACAAUGCCUGUUCAUCCUCGAUCGAUGAUUCCGGUCUCCCAAAGGCAAAUGCUAACACGAGGAUCGCGUCGAGACAGGAUCCGAUUAACGAUCACAUCGUUCUCGUCGACAGGAGCACCGUUAAGAUAGAGAGUCGACUUAGCGAGAUAGACCGGCCCAAGGCGGCGAACAAGCCGAAAAGAAUCAAGCCAGUUUUGGCAGAAACCGAACGGCCUCCACCCGAUCUAGUCAAAACGACAAUGCGCAUAUUCGAAGGAUCGGCGAAAAAGUUGAAGCCUAAAGGAGAGGUCGCUGCUAAGGUAGCGACCUUUAAGACGAUCAACGAUACUUUCAAAGCGCAGAAUCAAAAAAAGGUACUACCUAAACCGCCGCUACAGCCUAAACCCUUUGUCAAUGGUAAUGCCAGGACUAAUACUACCGGUUCCUCGUCACCGAAGAAGAUCGUCUUACCUCAAAAACCAACGGCCGAGCUUAUAGAAAAGGACGAGGAUUUUCAUUUCGACGGUGUCAUUACCGAUCCUAUAGUACAAUCAGUUUCUUCUGUAGUGAGCAAGUUUCAGCAAAUUGAAAAGUCUCAUUCGCCGUCACCUUCGCCAGAGCCUACCUUUAAUAAGCUCAGGUUUUCUCCAGCACCAAGUCCGGAACCUCAAAAUAGGUCGAAAGUUGGUACUCUCGAGAUAGGUAUUAAAUCUCCACCUUUAACUCCAUUAUUGUCACCCAGGAUCUCUUCUCCAGCUGUUCAGAGUCCGUCUUCGCCUGUCAAGGAUGUCAAUAUUCCUAUACUUCAGAGUUCCAGUCCAAUCCGUAAACCCAGCCCUGCCAAAGAGAUCGCAGAAACGGGUAAGCUCGUUCAAACGCAUAAUCGCCAGAUAGAAAAAGAAACGAUGAUAUUGUCUACAAGACAAAGGUUGCCGAGUCCUAAAAAAAAUGAAACCAUCGAGUCAUCCAUUCCGAAGGAUCUUUCUAUUGAUGAGUUGAGACUAGAACCAGAAGUAGCAGAGGAGGUAGAAGAUCAAGAUGAGGAGGAAGAUGAAGAAGAAGAAGAAGAAGAAGAAGAUAAUGAUGAAGAUGAUGAUGAUGAUGACGAUGAUGAUGAUGAUAAAGAAGAGAAGAACAAAGAUGUGGAGGAUGGACCGAAAACAAUUUCUUCCUCGGCUUUAGACAAUAUUGGUAAAGCUGGUACGACAAUGCGUUUUAGGUUCAACGAUGAGUCCAAUGCCAGAGAAAAGAAUUAUUUGCCAGGUGUGAAACAAAAUGGACGUAAGCUCGAGGAAAGGGCUACGAAUAUAUCAAAGGCUAGUACCUGUGAUAUAAAGAGUAAUGAAUCCUUUGUUGGAAUUCUUCGAGAUCAGGAAAUAGCUUCGAAACUUUUUCGUGAGAGAUUGGCUCUAGAUAAAGAUAAUAAGAAGAAGAACGGGGACAAUGUUGAGAUCGAAGAGAAGAAGGCUGACAACAAAUCUCCAAAGUCUGCUAGCUUAAUCAGUUCUACCACAACGUCCUAUUCUCAGGGUAACGAGUCUAAAACGAUAAGAUGUCAGAAAAGUGAAUCGUCUCCGCCUCAAAAACAAAUUGGUAUUAUAAGACCACUUGUGUCCACCAAAACCCAAAUUCCUCAACAGAAUCUAAGCAAUCGAGAGUUAGAGAAGAAUCUUAUAAAUCGAGUUAAAAGUAUAGAACAACCUACAAAGGUUGUGGUUAGUUUGAAGAGUGCCGAUGAGAUACAGCCAACUAAGAAGUCGACUUCCACUGGUGGUCCUGGUACUGGUGCUGGUCCUGGUGCUGGUGCUGGUGCUGGUGCUGGUGCUGGUGCUGGUGGUGGUGGUGGUGGUGGUGGUCUUUGGGAUGCCAAACCUUGGAAUCAACAGAACAACACGAUGGUAUUCAAUUUUAGCAACAGGAAGGACGUUCCUGAUUACAUAGAGAACGAUGGCCUUAUUAUCAAAAGGAAACGCGAAAAGCCAAAGGGAACACUCACUAUAUCCGUACGAAUAUCUGGACAGUACUGUCCAAAUCUUUUAAUUAUAAGACUCAUUUACAUGGAAGUUUUGAUGUCACAAUGUUUCGUCGAUCGUUAUAUGAAUUAAUAAUUAUAAUAAGACCACAGGAUAUUUUCACUUUCUUCUUCGAUCCUAGAUCAUGAACGAUUCGCUUUAAUUCGUCGUGACUAAUGUAUGAAGAAUUUGAAACGAAUCGAAUCAAGAUUCAAGGCACAACUUGUCAUGUCGUACAUUCUCCAUUUCCAAUGUGAUCGGACUACGUUUUAAAUACUUGUAAACGUUCUUUUCGGAAAGAGCAAAUACCUCUCUCUC